AUGAUAGUAACUAUAAUAGUCCCAUUUACAAGUGUUAAUGUACGUGACUGGAUGAAGUCACAUGUAAAGUUUUACUAGUAAAAUCCAAAGAAAAGAACAUGAAAAGGUUUCCAUUACAUAUUCAUAUUCAUCUCUAACAAAACCUGACGUGACAUUAUGUGUUGGCUAGAUCAGUGGUUUUCAAACUGUUCCCCUCGGUGGGUCGCGAGACUUAAAAAAAUGGGUGGCCAGGAUGAUUUAAGGAAAACGUAUGUAACCAAGUUCAAGACUCAGGAAAGGAGCAACUAAAUAACAUAAACAACAAAACGAAAGUAACCGGCAGCCGCUUCGGUUCAGUUUGGGUUCUGUUUUUGCAGCGUUGUACAUUGUAGCAAAUCAGAGACAUAUCUGUUGAUUUCUGUAACGCGAUGGCCAAUCAGAGCAGCUUUAGUGAGUCAGAAUCCACUCACCGCUCAGAACGCGAGUGUUCUUGUUCAGCCCAGAGUUCUGGAAGCUCGCGACGCGAAUCUUCUGAUUAUAAUGAACAAAGUUGGGUGUGCGGGAAGGAUGUGGCCAACCAAAUCACCUCCACCCUUGGUGAUGAAAUCCUCCUAAACCAACCAGUGAGGCAGUAUGCUCGGCCCUCUAGAAAGAAACAAGAAUUCCCAAGUCAGCUUCAGGACCUGCAUCCAUCCAUGCUGAAGCAUGAAUAUGCAUCUGUCCCACUUGCACAAUCAACGGUAGCAGUAUUAUGUCAUCUUUGCAGGGUAGAUGAUGUGGUGAAGAAACUGCUUACGCUGGAGCUUGCAAAUCAUAGUGAAAAACUGCGUUUGAAAGAGGAACAGCUUAUUGCCAAGGUGCAGAGGGAUGAGAAUGACCGCAGCUCAACAGAAGUCAAGGUGGCGAUUUUGACAGCACGUAUUCGCAACUUGCAGGAGCACUUGCACAAGCACCCUAAGGAUAAAGCCAACAAAAGAAGGAUGCUCAUGGCCAUCGACAGGAGGAAGAAAAAGCUGAAGGUUCUGAGAAUGACUCGUUAUGAGUCCUUCGAGAAGGUGUGUCAAGAGCUUGGAAUCACAUACACGUUCCCUCCUGAAUAUUAUCGGCGGGUCACCCGACGUUGGCUGGCCAAAAAGGCCUUCUGCAAUAAGGUCUUUCAAGAGGUCCAGAAACAAAAAGCGGAGCAGAGAGAGAAACAGAGAGCAGAGGGAGCUAAGGGAAAGGAGCCAACAUCCUCUACAGAACCACAAGAAACUGUGGCAUAGUGAUGUUCAGACAGCUGACAAGACUUGUGUGCUGACAAAUCCAGAAGAACAAUCUGAUGCAUCCUCAUUUGAUGUCAAAUUCAAAGAAAAACUCAACAGAAACAUCAUGCACCACAUCAGAUUAUCAACAUUUAUUUUGCCUUUCAUUGGUAAAUCACUCAUUUCUCUGAAUUUGUUUGGAUGCACCAAAUAAAAGAUCUUAAAAUUCA